AGGGCGGAGGGCUUGGACGGGGGGAGCGAACACACCUCCCCUGCUUCCUCAAGGCCGGAGCCCAGAGUUCCUCCCGCAGUACUUACCGCAGGAGGUGUGGGUAUGAGCGGUGAAUGGGCGGCUGGAAGAAACUUGGCAGCCAGCAGUCUGAGGAAAUAUUCGUGGCCCAGUAACUUCAUCAUACAGUUCUGUACCUCUACAAGUUCCGGGAACAGAUAGAUAAGGUGUCACUUGACUGAGCAGGGAUCGAACUCAGGACUGCCUGCUUUGAAGGCUCAACUGUAGAAUUACGCCAAAGAAAAAAGCCAAAGUCUUCAGAAAACAAGGAAUCUGCCAAAGAAGAGAAAAUCAGUGACACUCAGAUUCCUGAAAGAACUCCAAAAUAUGUAUUAUUUCAGCGGUUUGCAAAGAUUUUCAUUGGCUGUCUUGCUGCGGUUACUAGUGGUAUGAUGUAUGCGCUCUACCUAUCUGCAUACCAUGAACGGAAGUUCUGGUUUUCCAACAGGCAGGAACUUGAACGAGAAAUCACAUUUCAGGGUGACAGUGCUGUUUAUUACUCCUAUUAUAAGGAUAUGUUAAAGGCACCUUCAUUUGAGCGAGGUGUCUAUGAGCUCACCCACAAUAACAAAACUGUAUCUCUGAAGACUAUAAAUGCAGUGCAGCAAAUGUCACUUUAUCCAGAACUUAUUGCCAGCGUGUUAUAUCAAGCAACUGGUAGCAAUGAGAUUAUUGAGCCUAUGUAUUUCUAUAUUGGCAUUGUUUUUGGAUUGCAAGGAAUAUAUGUUACUGCUUUAUUUGUUACAAGUUGGCUUAUGAGUGGAACAUGGCUAGCAGGAAUGCUUACUGUUGCAUGGUUCAUUAUUAACAGGGUAGAUACAACAAGAAUUGAAUACUCCAUUCCCUUAAGAGAAAACUGGGCACUGCCAUAUUUUGCAUGCCAAGUUGCUGCGCUUACAGGCUAUUUAAAAAGCAAUUUAAAUACUUAUGCAGAGAGGUUUUGCUACCUAUUGAUGAGUGCUUCAACUUAUACCUUUAUGAUGAUGUGGGAGUACAGCCACUAUCUCUUGUUUCUUCAAGCAGUAUCUCUGUUCCUGUUAGAUAUCUUUUCAGUGGAGCAAGGUGACAAGGUCCAUGAGGUAUAUAAAAUCUACAUGUUUUCUCUGUUUCUGGGAUAUUUACUGCAGUUUGAGAAUCCAGCGUUGUUAGUGUCUCCUUUAUUAAGUUUAGUAGCUGCCUUAAUGCUUACUAAGUGCCUUCAGCUGAAUGUGAAGAAAGGAACUUUUGCAGCUAAAAUCAUGAAAGUGGUUAAUUUUUACCUAGUAUGUACUCUGCCAGUGACAUUGAAUAUUAUAAUAAAGAUGUUUGUUCCACACAAGGAAAAUGAGCACGUGCUCAAAUUCCUUGAAGUAAAAUUUGGGCUAAAUAUGACAAAGAAUUUUACAAUGAAUUGGCUCCUCUGUCAAGAAUCCCUCCAGACACCAUCUCAAGAUUUUUUUUUGCGAUUGACACAAUCUUCUUUAUUACCAUUUUAUAUUCUAGUAUUAAGUAUUUGUCUUCUUUCUGUGAUGCAAGUUAUCUUUAGGAGGAUUAAUGGUAGGUCCCUGAAAGAAACUGUUACACUUGAAGAUGGACGAAUUGGAGAAAGGCCAGAAAUAAUUUAUCAUGUAAUUCACACUAUUUUAUUGGGUUCUCUUGCAAUGGUUUUAGAAGGCUUGAAAUAUAUUUGGACUCCUUACGUGUGCAUGUUAGCAGCAUUUGGUGUAUGUUCUCCUGAACUUUGGAUGACACUUUUCAAGUGGCUUCGAUUAAGAACUGUGCAUCCAGUAUUGUUGGCUCUUAUUCUGAGCAUGGCUGUACCCACCAUAAUAGGUCUCAGUUUAUGGAAAGAGUUUUUUCCCAGAUUAAUGACAGAGUUAACGGAACUACAAGAAUUCUAUGAUCCAGAUACAGUGGAACUUAUGACCUGGAUAAAACGACAAGCUCCAGUUGCAGCUGUGUUUGCAGGGAGUCCACAGUUAAUGGGCGCUAUUAAAUUGUGCACUGGAUGGAUGGUGACAAGCUUGCCUCUCUAUAAUGAUGAUGAUCUUCUCAAGAGAAAUGAAAAUAUUUAUCAAAUCUAUUCAAAGCGAUCUGCCGAGGAUAUUUAUAAAAUCCUGACAUCCUACAAGGCUAACUACCUAAUAGUAGAAGAUGCUAUCUGCAAUGAGGUGGGGACCAUGAGAGGCUGUAGGGUUAAAGACUUACUAGACAUUGCAAAUGGUCAUGUGGUUUGUGAAGAAGGUGACAAGUUAACUUACUCAAAAUAUGGACGAUUUUGUCAUGAGGUCAAAAUUAACUAUUCUCCAUAUGUGAAUUAUUUCACCAGGGUAUACUGGAACAGAUCCUACUUUGUAUAUAAAAUUAACACUGUGAUAUCCUUCCAGUCUUGAGAAAUAACAGAGCCUUUAUUUCACAGACUUGCUGUACCUGAAGUAAAAAGUGGUUUUCUUCUACCUGUCUGGUAUCCGAUGCAGAGCAAACCACAAAUUGUGGCCACUUAACGCUGCUGCCCCUUUACCCCUGCUGUUAACUGGGCUCUGUGUUUUGUGAAAAAUAAAAGAUCAAACAUUACUGUCCUUGAAUAAAAAGUCAGAUCUAUCACUGCAAUAUUUCAGACAGUUACUUCCUUAAGAUUUCACUUAUUUCAGCAUUUCCUCAUAAAUCUUCAUUCUAUAUAUUGAUCUUGAAUUUGAAUGUGUUCAGGGUCAGUGUAUUUCUCAAACAAUUUUAAUAAGUACAUAAUGUGAUAUAAUUACAUAAUAUAAUAUUCUUCAAGCAGGUUGCUGAAGGUGUUUAAUGGACUGAAAUUGUACAGUAAAAACUAAUUUAAAUGUUGGUUAAACAUUUGUGACAUUUAAAUUAAAAUUAUAGAAAGUGUUUUAAGGAUAUACAUAAAGAUAUAUCCAUAACUUUCCUUGCUACUGCUCUCAUCUGCUGCUUAUAAAAGUGAACCCUUUCUUAGUAAUACAUAGUAUAGGUUAUUGAAUGUUACUGUUUUAUAUCUGUCUAUUUAAGAGAUUAUCUUUUAUACUUAACACUAUUAAUUCAAUAGCAAUUUAAUCAUAAAAUAAUAACUGGUUAUCUAUAUAUAAAAUAUAUAUUUUAAAUGGGCAUUUUAAAGAAUAUUGUUCAGGUAUUUUUAAAAAAUACAGAUAAUAGAGUAUAUAAUCUGUUCACAUGUAUUCUAUGUAAGUAUUAAGUAAAAACUUAAAACUAUCAAAAUAAGGAUAUGUACACUGGUUUCUAAGGUAUAUGUAGAUGCCAUUAACAUACCUCUGUAUGCAGAUACACUUAUUUUAAAAUACAAAUGAUAUUAUAUAUGAAUCUGACAGAAUUUUGAACAUCCAGAAAAAAAUAAGAAAACUUCAAAACACAGGUUUACUGUAAGUGCUGUGUUUAAGUAUUUGCAAUCAUUUGUGGAAAGAAUUCUGCAAUAACUAAUUUGGCCUUUGAAGGAGAUUCAGGAUAGAUAGAGCUUUAGAUGUAUCCUUUUAAUAAGAUGACAUGCUUGAUUAGUUUUGCCUUAUAUACCUGUUCAGUGAACAGAUUUUCAAACUUACCAGAGUAUUGAUUUUAUUUUCUAAAAUACACACACACAUGCAUGCACACACGCACACACACACACAAUCUAAGGUAUAUUCUUAGAGUAACUAAAGAUGCUCUGCUCUUUUGGAGCUUAUGAACUGUUUGAUGGUGCAUGUAGCUGAUGCAUUUGUUUGUUGGUUUUCAUUUCAGACUUAUAUCAUUGCUUUAACUGAAUUCAAAUAGUUGCAGGCAAUGUACUUCAAGUGACUGUGUACAUCUUAGUAGUGACUCAUAUUUAGCAUCAAACUUUAUGAAAAUAUUAGCAUAACUAAGUACAGAGUGAAUUGUCACAUGUCAUACUUGUGAUUAGAGCAUGUAAAAAAUGUAAUGUAAAAGUCAGCUUGCAUAUUUUGAAGGGGAAGUAGAACAAUCUACUUUCUACGUAGUGUGAAAUAUUUAAUUAAAUUUUUAUUGGCCUGUAUUAUCACAUGUGCUGAAUUAGUUUUGAUUGUUAUGUUUUGUUAUAAGUAUGUAGAUUUUGCUUCUGUCAACCCCCUUAAUUAAAUUUAGAGAAAUUCUUAAUUGAGGUUUUUUUUUUCUUUUUUUCCAAUACCGGGGAUCGAACUCAAGACCGCCUGCUUGCAAGGCAGGUGCUUAUGCCACUGAGCUAAAUCACCAGCCCCCCCUUAAUUGAGUUUUUUUUUUUUUUAAGUACUGUAGUGAAUUUUCAUUCAGUAUCACCUGAAAGAAAAAAGCAAGCUUCAUAAAAAAUAAUAUUUGAGAGACAAGCUUAUUUGCUUCUGUUUUUAAUUGUAGCUAAAAUAAUAGUACUGUACUGGAAAUCUGAGUUGGAAGCAUUUAUUUUCUUAUUUGUAGAGUGACAAAUGAUCUGCAGGAAAUUACACUUGGUGAUGUACAGUUAUUAUGUUUGAUAAUAAAGAUCUAUUGCCAGUGAUAUAACUCAGUGGCACAUUGCCUGCUUGGCAAGCGCAAGGUCAUGAGUUUAAUUUCCAGUACCCCCCCAAAUCUAUUAAAGGGGCAUUGUUUAUUGGCUUUGUAUAGAUCAACAAAAACAUACUUUCUUCUUGAUAUUGCAAGUCAUUGAAUUAAGUGCCUUAACUUGUUUAUUCUAAGUUUACUUUUUAUAUUCCCAAAAAUAUUCUCUCCCAUUUCACUUUUUUUUUUUUUUUUUUUGCUUUGGGGAAUCAAACUCAGGACCUCACAUUUGCCAGGCAUGUGCUGUGCCACUGAACCAUAUCCCUGGCGCUCUCUCUCAUUUUCUUUUCCAUAAGAAAACAUUGGUAACUUAAUAAAAGAGUGGGGUUCAAUCCCCAGCACUGCAAAAUAUUUUUUAAUUAGCCUCCCUCAGCUGUUGUCACUAUUAAUGUCAGCUAGUGAUAAGCAAAUCUUUGCUAAGGAUGUCUAGCUUUCUAGUUUACUUAGCUUCCCAAAUGCCAAACAGUGUAAAAAUAAAAUUACUUGAUAACAUGUAUAAAUCAACUCUGCUGAUUUAUAUUUCUCUAACUUUGGCAUCAGUGUCUUGGUACUUCUUGUUCAAGUAGUAGAGUUUUGCAACUGAAGGAGUAUGUAUUCUACUGGGGCACUAACUUUUCUUCACAUACAUACACUACCUACAUACACAUUACUUUUUUUGUGUGUAGGCAGCAUUUUUUUUCAAAGGCACUGGUUGAAAUUGCCAGUGUCAGUGUUGUGACACUCCUAUAUGUGAGUGAGUCAGCGAGUAGCAGAAAGAGAAGUCCAACUGUGCUGCAACUUGCCGCUAAAAAAAUGCUUAAAAAUAGAUUAUUAAUUUCUUUAAUGCCUAUUUUAUUUUGUCUCUUGAGUAAUCAGUUGUUUUAGGUCUCUUCCAUUUUUGAACUAUUAAAAAUUUUCAUGCUUUUUGUGGGCUUAUUUUCAAUUGAUUGGUGUUUUUAAAUGUGUGUAAGUUGCUUUUUUGCUAAAUUUAUUUUUAAUGCAUGAAUAUUUAAAGGACUGUGUUAGUAAUUAUAAUUGUUCUAUAUAUAUAAGAAUCUUUUAUACAGCAAAUAACUAUUUCUUGAUUAACAUCUCAGUGUAUUCUUUCUUCAUUUGUCCAAUUUUUAAAGUAUAUAAUCUUAAAAAAAGUAUAUAAUCUUGGUUAUUGAUCUUAGAUCUGAGUAUGUAUUAAAGCUAUGGUUUUGAAAGUUGUGAGUAAAAUCAAACCAUUUUCUACUGAUAUUAAGUUUUUAUGUGUAGGAUUAAUACUGUAAAAAAUUAGAUAUGAAAAUUGCAAAGGAAUAUGACUCAGUUAUUUUUUGUCUACUAAAGUUUCUGAGCAUACUUACAUGUUUUCUGUAAUAAAAAGUACCUUCUGUAACCAAAUUUGUGGAAAUUUAGUAUAAAGGUGUCUUCAAAUCAUUUUUGUUUUUAAAUCACUUAGAAUGUGGAAUAUCUUAAUGUUGGCAUAUAUAACCCUAUAUGCAAUUCUGUAAGAGAACCACUUAACUCAUGACCAAUGUAUUUACUUAGUGGAAUAAUGGUAUCACAAAGAAAUAUGCAUUCCAGAUGGAUAGUUUGAACUGUUUCCUGAACUACCCUUCAUAUUUUAAGAUAAUGUCUUUGUACAGCUGUUUAACAAAGGUGAAUACAGCUACUGUUACGCAUAUUGUCCUCUGAGUAACAUCUAUACAAUGACUAUUAGAUUAAACAUGUCCCUCCUAUAACUAAGGUUAUAUCUUUGCAGAAGUAUAAAACUUAAUUUCAGGGAACAUAAAUUCUUUAAAGGAAUUGGAUUGUAAACUAGUUUAUUUCAGAUUUUAUAACAUGCAGUAUACUUCUAUCAAGAAAAAAGUUAUUUCCUACUUAAUUGCCUCCUUGUUCUACUUUAUCAUAAUAAAAAUUCUCAGAAUUUUAA